UCCAACCCUGAAAACACUGUGUUUGAUGUGAAGAGAUUUAUUGGACGUACUUGGGAUGACCCGUCAGUUCGGCGUGAUUUCAAAUAUUUCCCGUUCAAGGUAUUAAACGUAAACGACAAACCUCAAAUCGCGGUGUCAACUGGCAACAUGUCAAAAAUAUUUAAAGCAGAAGAAAUCAGCGCUAUGGUUCUUGGCAAAAUGAAAGAGAUAGCGGAGGGAUAUCUGAGUGAAACCGUCUAUAGUGCUGUGGUAUCUGUGCCUGCUUACUUUAACAAUGCUCAGCGACAAGCUACAAAGGAUGCUGGAACUAUCGCUGGUCUCAACGUAAUGAGAUUCAUCGACGGAGCAACUGCGGCUGCCAUUGCAUAUGGAAUGGAUAAAAUGGAAGAUGAAAAAAAUAUUAUGGUGUUUGAUUUGGGAGGAGCAUAUGUCGAUGUAUCACUUUUGACAAUAGAUAAUGAUACGUUUGACGUCUUGGCAACAAACGGCGACACCAACCUAGGUGGUGAAGAUUUUGAUCAUCGUGUGAUGAAACACUUUGUUAAACUGUACAAGGAAAAGACACGAAAUGACGUCAGUAAAGACACUCGAGCUAUGCAGAAACUCCGCCGUGAAGUUGAAAGGGCCAAGCGUGCGUUGAGCUCUAAUCAUCAAACCCGUCUAUAUAUUGAGUCAUUUUAUAAAGGCAAUGUUUUUUCUGAAACCCUGACAAGAGCCAAGUUUGAAGAGCUGAAUUUAGAUUUGUUCAGAUCUACAUUGAAACCUGUUCAAUCAGUCAUAGACGACUCGGGCUUACAGAAACAAGAUAUCGAUGAAAUCGUUCUCAUUGGUGGAUCCACUCGUAUCCCCAAAAUACAACAGUUGGUGACAGAAUUUUUUGGCGGAAAAGAGCCAUCUCGUGGUAUAAAUCCUGACGAAGCUGUUGCCUAUGGGGCUGCGGUACUGGGUGGCAUACUAGGUGGGGACACAGGCGAUCGGAUCCUGUUAUUAUGCGUACAUGUUGUUUCUGUGUGA